AUGCAUCCCUCCAAUUGUUGUAUCGGCACCGACCUCCAACCUACAGAGCCUCAUGUCAGCACCAACCUCCAACCCACAGGGCCUCACAUCAGCACCGUCUUCCAACCCACAGGGCCUCACAUCAGCACCGUCUUCCAACCCACAGGGCCUCACAUCAGCACCGUCUUCCAACCCACAGGGCCUCACAUCAGCACCGUCUUCCAACCCACAGGGCCUCACGUCAGCACCGUCUUCCAACCCACAGGGCCUCACAUCAGCACCGUCUUCCAACCCACAGGGCCUCACAUCAGCACCGUCUUCCAACCCACAGGGCCUCACAUCAGCACCGUCUUCCAACCCACAGGGCCUCACAUCAGCACCGUCUUCCAACCCACAGGGCCUCACCUCAGCACCGUCUUCCAACCAACAGGGCCUCACAUCAGCACCGUCUUCCAACCCACAGGGCCUCACAUCAGCACCGUCUUCCAACCCACAGGGCCUCACAUCAGCACCGUCUUCCAACCCACAGGGCCUCACAUCAGCACCGUCUUCCAACCCACAGGGCCUCACAUCAGCACCGUCUUCCAACCCACAGGGCCUCACAUCAGCACCGUCUUCCAACCCACAGGGCCUCACAUCAGCACCGUCUUCCAACCCACAGGGCCUCACAUCAGCACCGUCUUCCAACCCACAGGGCCUCACAUCAGCACCGUCUUCCAACCCACAGGGCCUCACAUCAGCACCGUCUUCCAACCCACAGGGCCUCACAUCAGCACCGUCUUCCAACCCACAGGGCCUCACAUCAGCACCGUCUUCCAACCCACAGGGCCUCACAUCAGCACCGUCUUCCAACCCACAGGGCCUCACAUCAGCACCGUCUUCCAACCCACAGGGCCUCACAUCAGCACCGUCUUCCAACCCACAGGGCCUCACGUCAGCACCGUCUUCCAACCCACAGGGCCUCACGUCAGCACCGUCUUCCAACCCACAGGGCCUCACGUCAGCACCGUCUUCCAACCCACAGGGCCUCACGUCAGCACCGUCUUCCAACCCACAGGGCCUCACGUCAGCACCGUCUUCCAACCCACAGGGCCUCACGUCAGCACCGUCUUCCAACCCACAGGGCCUCACGUCAGCACCGUCUUCCAACCCACAGGGCCUCACGUCAGCACCGUCUUCCAACCCACAGGGCCUCACGUCAGCACCGUCUUCCAACCCACAGGGCCUCACGUCAGCACCGUCUUCCAACCCACAGGGCCUCACGUCAGCACCGUCUUCCAACCCACAGGGCCUCACGUCAGCACCGUCUUCCAACCCACAGGGCCUCACGUCAGCACCGUCUUCCAACCCACAGGGCCUCACGUCAGCACCGUCUUCCAACCCACAGGGCCUCACGUCAGCACCGUCUUCCAACCCACAGGGCCUCACGUCAGCACCGUCUUCCAACCCACAGGGCCUCACGUCAGCACCGUCUUCCAACCCACAGGGCCUCACGUCAGCACCGUCUUCCAACCCACAGGGCCUCACGUCAGCACCGUCUUCCAACCCACAGGGCCUCACGUCAGCACCGUCUUCCAACCCACAGGGCCUCACGUCAGCACCGUCUUCCAACCCACAGGGCCUCACGUCAGCACCGUCUUCCAACCCACAGGGCCUCACGUCAGCACCGUCUUCCAACCCACAGGGCCUCACGUCAGCACCGUCUUCCAACCCACAGGGCCUCACGUCAGCACCGUCUUCCAACCCACAGGGCCUCACGUCAGCACCGUCUUCCAACCCACAGGGCCUCACGUCAGCACCGUCUUCCAACCCACAGGGCCUCACGUCAGCACCGUCUUCCAACCCACAGGGCCUCACGUCAGCACCGUCUUCCAACCCACAGGGCCUCACGUCAGCACCGUCUUCCAACCCACAGGGCCUCACGUCAGCACCGUCUUCCAACCCACAGGGCCUCACGUCAGCACCGUCUUCCAACCCACAGGGCCUCACGUCAGCACCGUCUUCCAACCCACAGGGCCUCACGUCAGCACCGUCUUCCAACCCACAGGGCCUCACGUCAGCACCGUCUUCCAACCCACAGGGCCUCACGUCAGCACCGUCUUCCAACCCACAGGGCCUCACGUCAGCACCGUCUUCCAACCCACAGGGCCUCACGUCAGCACCGUCUUCCAACCCACAGGGCCUCACGUCAGCACCGUCUUCCAACCCACAGGGCCUCACGUCAGCACCGUCUUCCAACCCACAGGGCCUCACGUCAGCACCGUCUUCCAACCCACAGGGCCUCACGUCAGCACCGUCUUCCAACCCACAGGGCCUCACGUCAGCACCGUCUUCCAACCCACAGGGCCUCACGUCAGCACCGUCUUCCAACCCACAGGGCCUCACGUCAGCACCGUCUUCCAACCCACAGGGCCUCACGUCAGCACCGUCUUCCAACCCACAGGGCCUCACGUCAGCACCGUCUUCCAACCCACAGGGCCUCACGUCAGCACCGUCUUCCAACCCACAGGGCCUCACGUCAGCACCGUCUUCCAACCCACAGGGCCUCACGUCAGCACCGUCUUCCAACCCACAGGGCCUCACGUCAGCACCGUCUUCCAACCCACAGGGCCUCACGUCAGCACCGUCUUCCAACCCACAGGGCCUCACGUCAGCACCGUCUUCCAACCCACAGGGCCUCACGUCAGCACCGUCUUCCAACCCACAGGGCCUCACGUCAGCACCGUCUUCCAACCCACAGGGCCUCACGUCAGCACCGUCUUCCAACCCACAGGGCCUCACGUCAGCACCGUCUUCCAACCCACAGGGCCUCACGUCAGCACCGUCUUCCAACCCACAGGGCCUCACGUCAGCACCGUCUUCCAACCCACAGGGCCUCACGUCAGCACCGUCUUCCAACCCACAGGGCCUCACGUCAGCACCGUCUUCCAACCCACAGGGCCUCACGUCAGCACCGUCUUCCAACCCACAGGGCCUCACGUCAGCACCGUCUUCCAACCCACAGGGCCUCACGUCAGCACCGUCUUCCAACCCACAGGGCCUCACGUCAGCACCGUCUUCCAACCCACAGGGCCUCACGUCAGCACCGUCUUCCAACCCACAGGGCCUCACGUCAGCACCGUCUUCCAACCCACAGGGCCUCACGUCAGCACCGUCUUCCAACCCACAGGGCCUCACGUCAGCACCGUCUUCCAACCCACAGGGCCUCACGUCAGCACCGUCUUCCAACCCACAGGGCCUCACGUCAGCACCGUCUUCCAACCCACAGGGCCUCACGUCAGCACCGUCUUCCAACCCACAGGGCCUCACGUCAGCACCGUCUUCCAACCCACAGGGCCUCACGUCAGCACCGUCUUCCAACCCACAGGGCCUCACGUCAGCACCGUCUUCCAACCCACAGGGCCUCACGUCAGCACCGUCUUCCAACCCACAGGGCCUCACGUCAGCACCGUCUUCCAACCCACAGGGCCUCACGUCAGCACCGUCUUCCAACCCACAGGGCCUCACGUCAGCACCGUCUUCCAACCCACAGGGCCUCACGUCAGCACCGUCUUCCAACCCACAGGGCCUCACGUCAGCACCGUCUUCCAACCCACAGGGCCUCACGUCAGCACCGUCUUCCAACCCACAGGGCCUCACGUCAGCACCGUCUUCCAACCCACAGGGCCUCACGUCAGCACCGUCUUCCAACCCACAGGGCCUCACGUCAGCACCGUCUUCCAACCCACAGGGCCUCACGUCAGCACCGUCUUCCAACCCACAGGGCCUCACGUCAGCACCGUCUUCCAACCCACAGGGCCUCACGUCAGCACCGUCUUCCAACCCACAGGGCCUCUCGUCAGCUCUGACCUCCAACCUACAGGGCCUCUCGUCAGCUCUGACCUCCAACCUACAGGGCCUCUCGUCAGCUCUGACCUCCAACCUACAGGGCCUCUCGUCAGCUCUGACCUCCAACCUACAGGGCCUCUCGUCAGCUCUGACCUCCAACCUACAGGGCCUCUCGUCAGCUCUGACCUCCAACCUACAUGGCCUCUCGUCAGCACUGACCUCCACCUACAUGGCCUCACGUCAGCACUGUCACCCAAACUACAGGACCCCAAGUCAGCACCGACCUCCAACCUACAUGGCCUCAUCUCUGUACUGUCCCACAACCUACAGGACUCCACGUCAGCACUGUCCCCCAACCUACAGGGCCUAACGUCGGCACUGAUCUCCAACCUUACAGGGUCUCACAAUCAGCUCCAUUCCCGAACCUACAGGGCCUCACGUCAGCACUGA